ACGAAAGUUGGAGCAUGGAAGGCUUUUUCUGGGACAAACUGCGAGCUUCUGGGACGCCUCGGACAGUCGCCACUUGAGGAGGACGUCCUUAGCAAUGUCGAGAAAUUUGUCGUCAAACUAUAUAAGGUUGAUUCCAGCAUCACAUGCUCAAACGAUGCCCGAAGUUAUUUAUUUGGAGCUGUAAGAAAGCCAGAAUUUCUCCCAACGACAACUGAUGCACUUCGUCUCCAUAUUAAGAGAUGCAACUACCAGGUGUGUGUUUGGGAGAAUGCGCAUAUCCCCAAACCGUCACUACCUAGGCUGCAGGACUGUGGCUGGAUUGUGCAGAGAGAACAAGUUGUUCCUCGUUUAAUAACACUGGAUCCCAUUCCUAAGACGUGCCCAGAAAUAGUUGUCUGUCAUUGCAAAGAACAUUGUGAUACAAAAAAUUGCAGUUGUAGA